UUAUCACGUGACACUUGUCAUGUGACACAUCCGAAAGGCGCAUCCUUUGUUUGUAAAAAUACUUAUAGCUAUUAUCAUGGCCUUAGUCUCUGUCACCCGCGAUUUUGUCGUGAGAAAUCAUCCAUAUGCGCCAUGCUUCUAGAACAUACUGUUUGUCAAGAGGUUAUUUGUAAAUAGGAAUUUUUUACUAGCAAAUAAAUGUUUAGUGAAAAAGCGGAUUUGUGUAGCACAUAAAGUGAAGUCUUGUUGCUAGUGUGGAUGGAAAAACUAUUGCCAAUAAUCUAUUUUCCUUGUUAUUAUUCCUGCUCCAUACUCAUUAUUGUAUAACCUUUUUUAGUAUAUAAAACUCGGGAACCUCGCAAGAACAAGCGAUUUGAUUGGUUGAGAAACUUGGGAUACAUUGAAUAUACACCUCCUAAAAGGUGGAUGCGCCCCGAAAUCAAGCAAAAUGGCGGGUGUGCCGAUUUGCAAGUUUUUUCGAAAAAAAAAGAUUGCUCUAGAGCGCGUUUUAUUUACUAAAACAAUUAUACCAUUCCCAUUUCGGCGGAUAGUGGCUUUAAAAAUAUUUCGCCACUAUCCACCUCAUUGCAAAUGGUAUAAUUUUUAAUAUCUUUUCCAGACAUUGAUAUUGUCUAAGUAUGUUCGGCAUUUUGGUAGGCUUCUUUUUUUGGUUUUGGUAUGUCAGUCUUACGGCUAAUAUCUGAGCUAAAAAUAAGACGAGAUUCAUCGCAGACUUAAGGUAUUUGAAGUAACGGUUAUAAAAAAUAUGUUAAGACAACCUUGAAAGUGAGCGUAAUUUACUAAUUCAGAAAUUAAUGAGAACAGAAUGCCAUGUAGUUUUGUUUUUCGAAACUUUUUUGCUGACUUUUGGAUUUGUUUUUGAACAAUAUUGAUGAAGUAAAGCACAUCCUGGAGUUGAUGGUAUUGACGUCAACUCCUUUGCUUUCAUUGUACUUAUUGUUUUUUUGGAGUUGGACUCAAGUUUGAGAGAAAUCUUAGAAUGCCAUGUGAGCUCUUUUUCUAGCCUCAUGUGCUCCGUGCGACGCUGGGAAUUUGACAUGCGAGAGAAGCGGAGUUUUUCAAUUGAAUCUUUUCUCUUGAUGGGGUUUCGUGACAGGAGAGAGCACAAAGGGUUUGCUCGCUGUGUCGUUAUAAACCUUAAUUAGAAGCUUACAUAAGCCUGACGAGGUUGUAUCUUCUUAAAUGCAGUAAAUACAUUGAAGUAAACGGAUUAGCUUUUGUCACCAUAAAUCCCUGUUGCAAACAAUACAAGCACAAGUUAAAAGGGUAAGCAGUUGUGCUGGGGUUUUCAGUUCGUCUUUUACCCUUAAGGCUGUACGUCAGACUCAGAGGGCCUUUUUCUAGCUAUUUAUUUACAAAAUCUCUUGCUUUAGUCUAGGCGGAAAAUAUUGUUUGAAAACCACAUUAUUGAAGUCGCAGACAAAGUUGUAUUAGUGUACAGCUGUUUAAGUACGAAGUUAAAUAUCGGAAUUUAUCGGUAUUCCUGCAACACCAAGUUUAAACACCAUGAACGUGAUCGCAAGUCAAGAUCAUGUUAAACGACCCCUUAACUCAUUCAUGGUUUGGGCAAAAGAGAAAAGACGCGCCAUGAACAGAGAGAACCCAAAGAUGCGGAACGCCGAGAUCAGUAAGAUCCUGGGAGAUGAGUGGAGAAAGAUGCCAGAGAGCGAGAAACUUCCAUACACAGAAGAAGCCUUAAGGCUGAGACGACAACACAAAGUCGACCAUCCAAACUACCGCUACAAACCUCGCAGAAAGCAUAAGCAAGGUCAGCUGAUCAGAGAGCAAGUAUUUGAAAGGCUCGCACCCAGCACUACCUCAUACCCAUGUCUGGUAACUUCUUCAAGCUGUAUACCCUCAAGCCGUGUAGCGUCUUCAUUUCCACACACUACGCUUUUGAGCGGACUCCUUCCUCCUCGAUUGCCAACGGAAAGGAGCCAUUUUACCACUGAGUUAGCUCCGAGGAGUCUUCUACCAGCAAGCGCGCUAGGGACGCCGUUUUUCCCGCCAUUUCACCUCGUACCACCUGUCAGGGGGUCUUCGAAAGAGCUCAGCAACCUCCAUAGUGCCCCGACGACGGAUUUGACGAGGCUAACCCUCCCCAAAGACUCACAAUUUACUUUUGCACCAAUACCCCUUCAAGGAACUACUACAAACUCCAGUGUCUCCGGAGUACCUGCAUCAGAGUCCUUGAAGCAGCCACCUCCAUAUUUGAUGUUCAAAGCAAGAGUACAGUACAUGUAAACGCCGCCAAAAAAAAGGGGUGGAUAAAAGAUCUUAGUUGGACCAUAAGAAGGCUUAGGUAGCCUUAGAUACUAUCAGCUGAACAAUGGGUAUCUCAUUCUUAUAUUCAUGCCCUCGGGCUUAAAUGUACGGUCAACUCUGAGAAGCAUGGGGCAUCAGGAAAACGAAGUAAUUCAGUUUAAACAUCGUAAGUAGAAAAAAAGAGAUGUUUUAGGCUUGAAAGGUCACGUCUGAAAGAUUAGUUGCUAUUGUUCACAUUGUCUCAGUCGGCUGAUUUCUUAAGUUUUAUUCAUUUUUCUUUUUAUAAUGUUGGUGUAAAACUGAUGUUAUUGACGAAACCACCUACCGGGCGUUAAGCCUGCGCACGCCAUUCCCACUUGAGGUCCGUUGGCUUAACGUACGCAUAUUUAUGUGACCGUCUUGACCUUAUAUCCUCCUCUACAAUACAUUCCACUAAGGGUAACGUUUCUUGCUUGUGAAAAACCUGGAUUUCUUGCAUUCGUGACAGGUUGUCUUUUACAUUAUUUGCUUGUUAAUCCUGACGGCAAAGAACAGCGAAUUUUAAUGAAAUAAGAAAUAAUAAUUUUACAUUUUGUUGUUUUGCACUUUACUUCUUGUAAGGGCUACCGUGUUAAAAUAAGUGUGCUCACAGAAUCCCUUUUGCGGACUUAUUACAACGUGUGACGUUUUCAGUAGUACUGUUCUCGCCAAGGAAGAUUAAGCCUUUUUUGUUGUACAUUCCCUCUGAUACCUUUUCACGUCGAAGUAAAUCUUAAGCACGUGUGCUUGGUAGACAAUAGAGAUCUAAUGUUCUAUCACAAUAGACAGAACGUGCAACUCAAUUGCGUAAUCGCCAGUCAGGAAGAUGCAUCGCGCGGUUUUGGCAUCUUGUGGUCUAUUUCUAUUUGUGGGUUGCCUCACUUGACAGGAGUUUGCUUUUGAAAAACGCAGCUUACUGAAACUGUUAUCUCGUUGAAAGAACAAGGAGUACCAAUUUGUGUAGAGUGCGCGUCUAUCGCGCAAAGCUUUAAAGGGGGGGCAUAUGGAAAUCUUGUCGGAGGGGGUGAAAGCAAAUGGAUAAGCAGGUUCAUAUUGUGUUCGUAUUUCUGGUUAAACGCAGCUAUCACAUUUGGGGAGUAUUCUUUUCUGAGAGGUAACUUGGAUACCCGACUUGAAUUUAUUGGGACGUGAUUAAUUAUCUAAAAAUUAGUAUUCAUUAAAUCAUUUCUUGCCUUAUUGGUACUGUGAAAAGAGAAGCGAUUAGAAAUAAAGUAAGGCUUAAUAUGA